UGUCAAACACGGAGAUUGUACGUUUUAUUGCCGGCAGAUAAGCCAACUUUGGUCCGUCAUCGUCGGGGGCGUAUAGAUACAAUCGCGCACAGUUUUCAUUAUAAAUCCUAAUCUUCCUAGCACGGCGCCGAGCUCGCGAACCACUCAUGUUGCGUUUUUCACAUUUCCUGUUCGUGGUUUUUGCCGCGACCGUGCUUUGCACGGAUAAGGAUUCCGACACUGGCAGCAAUUUCGCGAUUGAGCUGAACACCAACAACUUCAAGGAUGCCAUCGCGGAAAAGAAUCACUUUGUGAUGUUCUACGCUCCAUGGUGUGGACAUAGUAGAAAAUUAUUUCCAAUAUGGGAACAAUUGGCAGAAACGUUCAAUUUGAGGACCGAUCCACGCGUUGUAAUCGCUAAAGUCGACUGUACAGAAAAUCAUGAGCUUUGUGUGCAAAACGUAGUAACUGGUUAUCCCACUUUGAAAUUCUUCAAACCGAACGUGGAAGAAUCAACUAAAUUCAAAGGUACUCGCGAUUUACAAACAAUCACAAACUUCAUAAAUGAACUAUUGGGUGAUGGAAAACCAAGCGCCGAUGAGGAAUCAGAGGAAUGCAAUGAUGGGGAAGCUGUACACUUACCUAUUGAAUUGACUGAACAGACAUUUGACAAACAUGUGGCAAGUGGAAGACAUUUCGUCAAAUUCUUCGCCCCAUGGUGCACUUAUUGCCGGGCAAUGGAGCCAGCGUGGAACGAAUUGGCACAGUCCAUGGGUAAGGAUAGUGCAGUAUCGAUAAGUCAACUUGAUUGCACUAAACACAGAACAAUUUGCCAGAACUUCGAAGUGAAGGGCUACCCUACACUUUUAUGGAUUGAAAAUGGGCAAAAAGUUGAAAAGUAUUCAGGCGGACGGAGCCUCGACGAUUUCAAGGCUUACGUAAAUAAAAUGGUUGGGCCAUUCCCCAAACAAACUCCCAAACCCUCGCAAUCCGACUCAACGAGCGUCGUGAUUCUGUCCAGCGAUAAUUUCAAAAAGGUGAUCGAGAAGGGGGUGACCUUCGUGAAGUUCUACGCGCCAUGGUGUGGCCAUUGCCAGAAAAUGUCACCCAUCUGGGAGGAGCUGGCCAUUAAAUUGAUCGGCAAACAGAACGUGAAGAUCGCUAAGGUCGACUGUACACUCCCAGCAAACAAGGAAUUGUGCAUGAAUCAGCAAGUCGAGGGCUUCCCCACGCUUUACAUCUACAACAACGGAGAGAAGGUGAUCGAAUACAAUGGUAACCGGCAGCUGAGCGACAUGUAUGAGUUCGUCCUGCGGCAUGCGGCCAAGCACGAUGAAUUGUAAAGAAAGAUAUUAGAUGUUUUGUGAGGUCUUGUGUUGUAUCGUUGAGGUGCGAGGAGGUCGCGUCUUUCAUCUCUUCGAAGCUGCACAAAGUGCUUUUAUUUUUAUUUCGUGUAAUUUCGUUUUGUUUUUCCAUUUUGUUGCUUGUAAACUUGUGCCCGGGGUGUGCAUGCGUGCACGCACGGUUUGAAAUGUUGAAUGGAAAAGGAAAUGCGAAAUUCCUUUGAAGGCAACAACAAACGAACAAAUUAUUGUAAAUUUAGAAAUUUCAAAAUUUCACUUGGGAAUUGUCAUUGUGUAAGCGAUAGAUAUUAUUCGUUGUAGUUUAGAAUUGAAGCUUCAUUUGAUCAGUUUAAGGACGUUAUCCCUUCCGAGAAAAAUCAAGAAAAGACAUUGCGACUUCUCUCAGUUCACUAUCGAAAUAAGUGUUAAAUUCUAAGUGUUUAGUACUGGAAUUAGUUGGUAAUUAUUAAUUGGAAGCUGAUAAAUAAAAUGUACUGAGUGGAA